AUGGCUGUUCUUUAUAGACCAGCCCUAUCCUCGUUCCCCGAGCAUAUUCGUCAGACCUUGAAGACAACAAAGGCCAAUGUUUCUAUUUUCUGGCAUCUGCAGCCUAGGAUGAAACGACUCUCCUUCUUUGAGCGCGCGGUUCGCCCUGACGUUUCUCCACUGUGUACAUAUCGUUGUCUUUCAUCCAAAGACACUGAGUCGGGGACGGUCUUGCAGAACUCGGUGGGGUAG